UAAGUACACAGAUGAUGGCAACAAUAAAGAUGGCAGAGGGGAGAAUGAUUUGGUAUAAAUGAGGUUUGGUGAUUUCUUGGGGUUAGUUAAGACUUUGAUAGUGAUUAAACAUGAAAUCGAUAUUCUUGAUUGCUGCUGCCCUUUGCGCCACUUGCUACGCUCAGCAAGCUGCUACCAAAGAACCUAUUCCAAUCAUCAAAUACGACAAUGAGGGUGUUGGUCCAGAUGGCUCUUAUCAGUGGAGCUUCGAAACUGGCAAUGGAAUAGUGGCUGAAGAACAAGGACAACUGAAAAACGCCGGCUCAGAAAACGAAGCCAUCGCAGUCCAAGGAUCAGCUAAAUGGACUUCAGAUGAUGGAACUCCAAUCCAACUAACCUACAUCGCUGAUGAAAAUGGUUUCCAACCUCAAGGAGAUCAUCUCCCAACACCUCCACCAAUCCCACCAGCAAUCCAAAGGGCUUUGGAAUGGAUUGCAGCCAACCCUGAACCAGAAGAGAAACAAAGAGGUGCUGCCAGCAACCAAGAGCCUGUUUACAGACAAAGUCCCCUUGGCAGUUUCAGGCCUCUUCAGAGGAAAUACUGAGGACUAUCACUUUAUAUAGUGUAUUCAUAAUAUUCCUUGUAUAUAAUGUUAUUUUGUAUUUUGAUAAUAAAUAUAUGUGCUCAACUUUUUAA